UCUCUGUCCUCCCCAUCCCCCCCCGGCGGGGAGGGUCAUGCGGACCCCGUGGGGGGAGCAACCUGGGAGGCCCGCGCGGAGGCGGCAGGAGUGAGGCGGAGGGGAAGGAGUGACUGGCAGCCAGCUCCCGAGAUGUCCGGGGAGGGGCGGCCAAGGGGCUGCGAGACCUGACCCACGGACCCCCGCGCCCGAGAGCCUCCCGGUGCCAGGGGGGCACCGCGCCCAGGGGGGGCACCGCCUGGCCUCCGCAGCAUGCCCGGCACCGCUGCCCCGUGACUCCGGCUCCUCGUGCUCCUCCUGCUGCUCCUCCUCCUCCGCGCAGCCCUCCGGGCCGGCCGCCCCCCGUGCCCCCCGUGCCCCCCGGGUGGCACCAUGGAGCAGUGGCGGCAGUGCGGCCGCUGGCUCAUCGACUGCAAGGUGCUGCCCGCCAACCACAGGGUGGUAUGGCCCGCCGCCGGCGUCUUCGACCUGGCCCAGGCCCUCCGCGACGGAGUCCUCCUCUGCCAGCUGCUCCACAAUCUCUCCCCGGGCUCCAUCGACCUCAAGGACAUCAAUUUCAGGCCGCAGAUGUCCCAGUUUCUCUGCUUGAAGAAUAUUCGGACCUUCCUGAAAGUCUGCCACGAUAAAUUUGGGUUAAGGAACAGUGAGCUGUUUGAUCCUUUUGACCUGUUUGAUGUACGAGAUUUUGGAAAGGUGAUUUCUACAGUGGCCAGGCUUUCCCUACACAGUAUUGCUCAGAACAAAGGAAUCAGGCCCUUCCCUUCAGAAGAGACAGCAGAGAAUGACGAUGACGUGUACCGGAGCUUGGAGGAGUUGGCUGACGAACAUGAUCUGGGAGAGGAUAUUUAUGAUUGUGUCCCCUGUGAAGAUGAAGGUGAUGACAUCUAUGAAGAUAUUAUUAAAGUGGAAGUUCAGCAGCCCAUGAUUAGAUAUAUGCAGAAAAUGGGAAUGACAGAGGAUGACAAGAGAAAUUGCUGCUUGCUAGAGAUUCAGGAAACUGAGGCCAAAUACUACAAAACACUUGAAGACAUUGAAAAGAACUACAUGAAUCCUUUGAAGCUGGUACUGAGCCCUCUCGACAUGGCAGCUAUUUUUAUCAAUUUGGAGGACCUAAUUAAAGUGCACAACAGUUUUCUACGGGCCAUCGACGUCUCGAUGAUGGCUGGAGGAAGCAGCCUGGCAAAAGUUUUUCUGGAAUUCAAAGAGAGGCUGUUGAUUUAUGGAGAGUACUGCAGCCACAUGGAAAUCGCCCAGAAUACGCUGAACCACCUCAUUGCCAAUCGGGAGGAUUUUAGGCAGAAAGUGGAGGAGUGCACCCUGAAGGUCCAGGAGGGAAAGUUCAAACUUCAAGACUUGCUCGUGGUGCCCAUGCAGCGAGUGCUCAAAUACCAUCUUCUCUUAAAGGAACUCCUCAGUCAUUCCACUGAUCGUCCUGAAAGACUGCAGCUCAAGGAGGCCUUGGAAGCCAUGCAGGAUUUGGCCAUGUAUAUCAAUGAAGUUAAACGGGACAAAGAGACAUUAAAGAAAAUCAGUGAAUUUCAGAGUUCUAUAGAAAACUUGCAGGUAAAACUGGAAGAGUUUGGCAGGCCGAAGAUUGAUGGGGAAUUAAAAGUGCGGUCGAUAGUAAACCACACCAAACAAGACAGGUAUCUAUUUUUGUUUGAUAAAGUGGUGAUUGUCUGCAAGAGGAAAGGCUACAAUUAUGAGCUGAAGGAGAUCAUCGAGCUGCUGUUUCAUAAGAUGACAGAUGACCCUAUGAACAAUAAAGACAUUAAGAAGUCUCAUGGAAAAAUGUGGUCCUACGGAUUCUACUUAAUUCAUCUCCAGGGAAAGCAGGGCUUCCAGUUUUUCUGCAAGACCGAAGACAUGAAAAGGAAAUGGAUGGAGCAGUUUGAAAUGGCAAUGUCCAACAUCAAACCUGAGAAAGCCAAUGCAAAUCACCACAACUUCCAGAUGUAUACGUUCGAUAAAACAACCAACUGCAAAGCCUGCAAGAUGUUUUUAAGAGGGACCUUCUAUCAAGGCUAUCUUUGCACAAAAUGUGGAGUUGGAGCCCAUAAAGAAUGUUUAGAAGUUAUUCCACCCUGCAAGAUCAGGUCUCUGGGAUACAUAUGUCCACAAAAACAUAUCUGCCACUGUUCUCCUGUGGACCAGGAUGCAUUAAGUAUAGGACCCGGUCCCAAAAUGGUGGCCAUCCAGAACUAUCACGGCAACCCAGCUCCUCCAGGGAAGUCGGUGCUCACGUUUCAGACGGGAGAUGUCAUCGAGCUGCUGAAGGGAGACCCGGACUCCCAGUGGUGGGAAGGACGGCUCAUACACACCAAGAAGUCUGGGUAUUUUCCUAGUUCAUCUGUGAAGCCCUGCCCUGUGGACGGAAGGCCCCCCAGCAGCAGGCCCCCAUCAAGGGAGAUAGACUACACCGCGUACCCUUGGUUUGCAGGCAACAUGGAGCGACAGCAGACUGACAACUUGUUGAAAUCCCACGUGAGCGGGACUUACCUGAUCCGAGAGAGACCCGCAGAAGCAGAGCGCUUUGCAAUAAGUAUUAAGUUUAAUGAUGAGGUGAAGCACAUUAAGGUGGUCGAAAAAGACAACUGGAUUCAUAUCACAGAAGCCAAAAAGUUUGAAAGCCUCCUGGAAUUGGUGGAAUACUACCAGUGCCAUUCGCUCAAGGAGAGUUUCAAGCAGCUGGACACCACACUGAAGUAUCCCUAUAAAUCCCGGGAACGGUCAGCUUCUCGGGCAUCCACCCGGUCUCCAGCCUCCUGCGCUUCCUACAACUUUUCUUUUCUCAGUCCUCAGGGUCUCAACUUUUCCUCUCAGGGUCCCUCCACUCCUUUCUGGUCAGUUUUCACGCCCCGGAUCAUCGGAACAGCAGUGGCCAGGUACAACUUUGCAGCCCGGGACAUGAGGGAGCUCUCCCUCAGGGAGGGAGACGUGGUGAAAAUCUACAGCCGCAUCGGCGGGGACCAGGGCUGGUGGAAAGGAGAAACCAAUGGCAGGAUUGGCUGGUUUCCGUCGACGUAUGUGGAGGAAGAGGGAGUGCAGUGAUGGAGGCGGAAUCUCUGCCAAGCCCAAUCAGACCCUAGGAAGAGUCACGCCAACAUGGUGUUGUCCUCCUGCACUUGGGACCGGGAGGGGAAUGCAAUCCAAUCUUCCAGUAUUAAACCCCAGGAGAGGGACGAAACACAAAACGACCACGCCAAACCACGAGUCGCUUUGCCAUCAGCCGAUCAUUGACGACCUGUGGUUGGGGAUGCUACUUGUAAAUAAGAAUUAGAGAAUAUAUAUCAGAUUAUGUUGCUAUGAACAACCACAGAGCAAAAUCUUCUGGAAAGGUAAAUGGAUCCCAACAUUUCUGAGCCAAGGAACUAAAGUAUUGUGACGGCCUGAAGCUUAAGCUUCCAGCCCAGCUUCCCGAAAGGAUUGUCUGGAGCUGCCACUAAGCAUUAUGGGCCGAUAGGGGUGCAGGUCUCCCUCUUCAUUCCCUCAAGGCCAUCUUCGGUGAUGGGCAAGAGUCUUCCUCCAUAUUGGCCGGCCUCCACCCCUCCCCUUCCUCGUUGUCUGCAUUUUCAUCCACUCUGGUCUUUCCCGGCUGCUCAACAGCAGGCUGGCUGCAACCCUGGGGACCACAGACCUUCAGUCAGAUCCAGGGGCAGCAGUAGCAGGAAGAGCGAGAGGAGGCCCCCCAAGGCCCCAUUCUGCUGCCUUUUCUGGAACGAAGGAGCCACCCUAGGGCUGAAUUGAAGGCUGUCAGGAAGAGGCCUGUCUCCCCAAAAGAUGGGACAGCAUGUUGAGAAGCUUCCCAAAUCGUUCUACGUGCAAUGUGGGCUGUUGGUGUCACAUUCGCAGCCUGGGAUAGGGGCGGAGAGGUGGGGAAGGGAACAGCUUGCCUCCCCUGGACCCAUCCAAGAAGUGUCCAUCCCAGCAAGGGGAAAUGUGCCUUUUCCGGUGGGAUUCUCGGUACGAGCCUGUAUCCACAUUGCAUGUGUCACUGAAUUCUCCUGCUUAACUGCACUGCAAACCACAUUAGUCUGACUCCCAGAGGCCCCUAAGUGAAAAAAUGGGAAGUGUUUCUUAUGGAAGGGUGACUACUGCUCCCACCCCUUGCUCUGGAGGGAGACCAACUCCAUUCCAGAAGCCAGAAGGAGUCUGCCUUAUGCUUCCAUCAAUUCAUCCCGCCCAUCUACAUUUUACUAGAAGAAGCAGAAGAACCCUAAGCAGCCUCUGGAGCUUUCCUUAUUCAUUCAGCCGUAUUUAUUGAGCGCUUACUGUGUGCAGAGCACUGCAUGCCUGUCCCGUCUGCCUCUGUUCCUAUAUUUGUAAUGUUCUUCCAGCCUCCUCUUUAAUUCCAGGCAAGGCCUGGUGGGAGCAGUUGGAGGUGCUGGGACCUUUGGAGACAGUUUGUAAAUCAGUGGUUUCCGGAGCUGCCUCUUUUCAUUCCACCUUCCAUCCCUUCUCCUCUUUGGCAUGGUCCCUGCUCUCCCCAACCCACCCCCCUAACAGCCCCUUCAGCAGCCUGGUCUGUCUGCUGGACUCCAGAACAUUCAGAUGGAGGAGCAUCUGGCAGUCCACUAAGGUGUUCUCUGAGGGCUACUGAUGGGAAGUGCAGAUUCAUUUAUUCAUUCAUCCAUUCGUUCAUUCAGUCACAUUUAUUGAGUGCUUACUGUGUGCUAAGCACUGUUCUAAGCGCUUGGAAGAGUACAAUAUAAAAAUAAACAGAUACAUUCCCUGCCCACAUCGAGCGUACAGUCUCCCUGGAGCAGGGAGCUCAAGCCAACCCUGGAGUCCUGUUUGCUGGAAUCCCAGCUCACCAGCCCUGACCCUGCUUCUUGUCCUCACCUCUGAGUGAGCGGGCUCCAAGCAGCAUGCAGAGCACGGGGAGGGGAAUGCACCACCCUCUCUGUUCACCUGCAGCUUUGGCACAAUCGCAAGUCCCCCGGCUUCAAUCACCACCAACUGGAAAGACAAAAAACCCUGGGCUGGCCUGAAGGAAAAGCAAAUGGCUGCACAGAUGUAUCCCGUGACUCAGAGGGAGAGAGUUCUAAACACAGGGUAUAUAACUGCACAGAGAAGAAGAAAUCAGUAGAGAGCACCAGAGGAGAAGGGACAAGAGUUUAGUCCUCGUGUUCUGUGUCAUGGUGGACCGGUGGCUUUGAUGGGCAACCCUUCUGGAGCUCAGUUAGCACCUGAUGAUCCCUAACAUAAGGCUGUGGAGAGAGGGUAGGAGUCAUGGAUUUCAUUUUGCUCAUUUGCCCAACUGAAAUUUAAUUAGAAAGCAUGAAGUUAAGUAAAAAUAAAGUGUUGGCAUCUCAGCCCUUCAAGAAAAUCUCACUCCAUUUCCCAGAUUCUUAAAACCAAGAAAGGUGUUCCUACUCUUUGUCCCUCCCUACCCCCUUUCUUACUCCCCUCUCUGCCGAACCUUCUGGGCAUCCCUUUUGAUGUCACACACCUGUCAGAGAUCAAAAACUCUGAGUCCAUGUUACCCAAAUUCCUGACACCCCUCAGUCAUUCCUGGGAAAAGUGAUCCCUUUUUUGUGUUUACUGUUGUAAGAAAAUUGUUUUUUAAAAAAGAAGAAAGUUUGUAAUUAUUCAUCAAAAUGCCAUGAUAUAUAUCUGUGAAUAAGGGAAAAUGUUUUUAUGACGAUGUCAAGAAAAUUGUAUAUAUUUUAGUUCAUUGGGGAACCAAUCAAAAAUUAUUACUGAAGAUGUUCAGAAAUGGAAAAUAAUAUGUAAAUUCCUUGAUUUUGUUUGCACUGUACUAACCAGGGUGGGAGAGAAGGGAUAGAAAUUUGGUUGUGGAAUAGGUUUUAGCUGAAAAUUUGGAAAUCUCCGGGGGUAGCUUGUAAUGCUGGGAUAGAAAUUUAGCUGCUACUUAGGAUCCCUUUGCAUGUGAUUUACAGGUUUUUCGGUUACAGUACAUCAAGUUACAGCCCCACAACAGAACAAAUGUAAUUUUGCUGAUAGAUUUUUCAAACCAUGGUUUUUACUGCAAAUAAACAUUCAUUCUUU